UUUAAACACGCUUUGUAGUUGACUAUGUUUGCUAGUAAAAUUCAGAGACACGAUUAUGCAUGAAAGUCUAAAUAGCUCGAAAAUAUAGCUCGUAAUUUCGUGUAGCUAACGUUGUAAAUAGUCGGGUUUCUGUCAUUAUAUGCUUGGCGCAGUCUUGUUAGCUGUCAAUCAGUGCUUAUUUACUCACAGAUACAUGUCUCUACCUACUUAAAGCGGAAUUCGAAUUUCAGUCUUUGGAUUCACCACCCUUCUACAGACUGUAAGGCCUCAGCAGACUCCUCAGCCAUGUCGGAGGACCUGAGCUCCCAACCCUGGUCCAUCAACAAAGAUGACUAUGAGCUACACGAGGUGAUUGGGAGUGGGGCCACAGCAGUGGUUCAAGCAGCCUACUGUAUACCACGCAAGGAGAAGGUGGCCAUCAAACGCAUCAACUUAGAGAAGUGCCAGACCAGUAUGGAUGAACUCCUGAAAGAGAUUCAGGCAAUGAGCCAGUGCCACCAUCCCAACAUUGUGUCUUACUACACCUCGUUCGUGGUAAAGGAUGAGCUGUGGCUGGUCAUGAAGCUGCUCAGUGGUGGCUCCGUGCUGGACGUGAUCAAGCAUAUCAUCUCACGAGGUGAACACAAGUCAGGCGUCCUGGACGAAGCCAGCAUAGCUACCGUGUUGAAAGAUGUACUUGAGGGCCUGGAGUAUCUACACAAGAACGGACAGAUCCACAGAGAUCUUAAGGCUGGAAACAUUCUCCUCGGGGAGGAUGGCUCAGUGCAAAUUGCAGACUUUGGCGUCAGUGCCUUUCUAGCCACAGGUGGUGACAUCACUCGAAAUAAAGUGCGCAAGACGUUUGUGGGCACGCCAUGCUGGAUGGCCCCAGAGGUCAUGGAACAGGUGAGGGGUUAUGAUUUCAAAGCAGAUAUUUGGAGUUUUGGGAUCACAGCCAUCGAACUUGCCACUGGGGCUGCCCCUUAUCACAAAUACCCACCAAUGAAGGUUUUGAUGCUGACGCUGCAGAAUGACCCUCCAACCUUGGAGACCGGCAUCACAGACAAGGAGAUGGUUAAGAAAUAUGGCAAAUCCUUCAGGAAGAUGAUCUCCCUGUGUCUACAGAAGGACCCGGAGAAAAGGCCAACAUCCUCAGAGUUAUUGAAGCAUAAAUUCUUCCAGAAAGCAAAGACGCAUGAGUACUUACAUGAAAAGUUACUUCAGAGAGCGCCCACAAUAACAGAGAGGUCGAAAAGGGUACGUCGAGUGCCAGGGUCCAGUGGUCGGCUGCAUAAAACAGAGGAUGGCGAAUGGGAAUGGAGUGAUGAUGAGCUGGAUGAAGAAAGUGAAGAGGGAAAAGCAGCUGUUGCUGCCUUAAGGUCACCGAGGGUGAAGGAGGGAUCACAGAAUUCAGAGGUUUUCCAGACUCCUGAGCCUUUAAUUAGUCAGCUCCAGCCGGUGGCUGCAGGUCAGGCAGAACUACCUCAGGCUGCAGGCCAAGUUCCUCUGCAGCCCACACCAGUCAACACUCAACCCCCUGCCCAGGCUGCAUCUCCCACAGCAGGCGUGCCCGCUGCUGCUGCUGCUGCUGCUGCUGCUGCUGCAGCCGCUGGUCCCACACAGGCUCCAGCUGUCUCAGGGGAUGCCAAGGCACCCAUUAGUUUGGUAUUAAGGUUAAGAAAUUCAAAGAAGGAGCUGAAUGACAUCCGCUUUGAAUUUAUGCCAGGGAGAGACACAGCAGAUGGUGUGUCCCAGGAGCUGGUGUCAGCAGGCCUGGUGGACGGGAGGGAUUUAGUAAUAGUUGCUGCAAAUUUGCAGAAAAUAGUUGAUGAGCCACAAGCCAAUAAAAAUGUCACUUUCAAACUGGCUUCUGGAAUUGAGGGAUCCGAAAUACCAGAUGACGUCAAACUGAUGGGCUUUGCUCAGCUCAGCAUUAGUUAAACUUGUUCUACCUGGGACCGUGACUUGCCUAAAAAAUGUGAAAAUAAAAUUAAAAAAAUAGUUCAAUGCAUUUUUUUUUCCUUUCUAUGGCUGUAAAGAAACCACUACUGCCAAAGAAAACAGUACCGUUAUGUCACUCAUAGGAUUAUUCAAUGCCGCCUCGUUGAACUGAGGGGAUGAAGUAUCAGAGUGUGCAGUGUAAGAAUCACUCAGAAAAGUUUACAGCGUACAUGUAGAAGGAUGCGAGUAUCUACAACAAGCAGUUUUCAUUUACUUUCCUGGUCUCCCUCAUUCUGUUAUCAUUUUCUCUCUAAUAUGUGAUGCAUUUGCACAAUCUGAACUAACGCCCUUGAAUCCCGAUAGGUGUAACAAUGCCUUAUAUUCAUCAGAACUACUGAAUGCACGUUUUGGGGAAGGCCCCAGUUACCGUAUGGAGCAUUAUGUUGUCUGAAAUGUGCCGUUGUGGUUUCAGUUGCUCGUGUGAAACUUUUUACUUCAUUUUCAGAGGAGAUAAGAUGCGGCAAUUUAAAAUAUUUUGUUAGCAGCAAGUGCUGAUGUGAUGGGACACAGAAAAUUUGAUAUUAAAUCACCUUUUUAUAUGGAUGUAAAUACUCCCGGCAGUAACGGUCUUUAAAGGAUAAGCCUGGUUUUAUUCUGUAUUUUUCUUACCGUCAACAAAUUGCAUGAGACGACCAAAACCCACAAGUGUUAAUUAGUAUUUUCUUUCUGUGGUACCAUUCCUUCUUAGAGGAGGUGCAAAUCUUCCAAAAGCAGUCACAGUGAUGUGGUUCCCUUUCUUCUCUUUAAAGGAGAAGUCAUUUCCUGAAACAGCUGGGCACUUCGCUUUUAUCAAAUGCUACUUAAACUGAAGUGAACAGUGCAUUUGUUUGGAGACUAUUUUCAGCUGUGGAUUAAUCCACAUUUGGUGCUCCUGUGAGUGUUUACAGCAGCAGGAUGGUGUAUUGAAUUAUGUAACUUAAUGAUACGUAAAAUACGUUAUUUAUUUUAAGUUUUGGGGCAGAAAUGGAGCUCCGUGGCACAGAGGAAUAAAACAAAGUACAUUGUUCUUACAUAAACAGGAGGAUCAGUAAAUUGUUGGUUUUGGUAUUUUUGUGGGAUCAAUAAUGACGAUCACCAGUCUUAUCCAUUUAAGAACUGUUACACAACCAACAUUAAAAGAAAGGAAAGAUUAAAGUGUAAGACAACUUAAUAUGUUAUGUUGUAAUAUGUUAACUCAGGGUUAACAUAAUGUAAACUCAACAGCAUAAAUUCUAAAGAAAUUGUAAAGAAAACCAAAAUUUGCUUCCACUUACAGACAAAAUUGGCCUUGUUGGUCUUGUUGUAAAUAUAUGUUGAAAUUGUGGUAAAAAAAAGUUUCCCCACAGCUGAAACCUCACGUGUUGUUUGUCUGCUGGUAUCAGCGCGAGUCUGUUUGGAAUCAGUUUCUCAAAUUCUUAGAAAAGAGUUAAGUGCAUUUUUGUUUAUGUGGAUGAAGCAUAAGUACUUGAUUUAACCUGUAGUAUGUAAAUAAUGACCUUUGGCUCUGAUUUGUUUUUAUACUGGGUGUUUCUUUUUUUGGCCUUUUUUCUGUCGUACAACACGAUUCUUGGUUGUAGCGAUGCCUGAAGGAAGACGACGAACGACACUGCAAACUAAAUUCAGCUUCGAGUUCUCUCGUUUUGCAGGGCGUACUGUCACUCACUGCAUGUCAUGUGUGAUGCUCACUUAACAUUUUGCUCAUAAAACUUUUCAUUUAGUUUUGCCUUUGAAAAGUUUGACUAUGUUUUACCAGAUGCACCGCUUAUUGCCGGUCCACCGUAAAUUUCACCGAAUUUCGAAUUUGUCUCCAACUCUUAAUAAUAACAAAGCGGAGGCUGUUUACAGUGCUUACUUUAACUCUCAUCUGAAGUCACACACCUUCUCUAGCAGUCUUUUUUUUUUCUGUUGUUUGUUUUCAAACGGCUACAAUGAAGAUUUUAUGUCCUUCAGUUUUGAAACAGUUCAGCUCUGAUUGUGGACAUUUUGAUAGAUGGUAAACAUGUUGUGGCUUCGGAUGAAUUAGCCCACUAUCAGCACCGAUCUCACACCCUUUCAGCCACACUCUGGGUGUUUUAUAAUGAAUGUGCAUCUUGCAGCUAUCGCCGCUAGCAGUAGUGGCAGGUUCAUUUAACACUGCUCUAAUGUGUAAUUAUGAAACGCCAGCAAAGGUUUUACUGUUUAAUUUGGUGAUGUGAUAAAGUCAUAACUCUCCAGAUGCCAUAUUGAACGGAAAUGAAUGACUUUUUUUUCUGAUUGCAGAUAAAAUGUUAAGAGGAAAUCUUUGUAUUUUGACUUUAAACGUGUUCAAUUUUACUCUAGCCUUAAAUUGAAAAUGACCAAGUGUAUUUUUUUUUUCUUUUUUGACUUAAUGUCAAGGUUUUGAUUCAGCUUUUCAGUGUCUUUGAAAUGUAGUUCUUGUUACAUGUGAAGAUACAUGAAAUAAAGAUAUACAGGUGUGUCGACCCUGUGUUCUGCUCAGAGGGGUGCGACGACGGCGGCAACCCAAA